AUGGUGCUCCUGGGGGAGCCCGGGGCCACCAGGUCGUCUAAGGAGGGGUGCACCGGUCCAGGUCGAAACGAAGCAGGUCAAGCCCCCAUGCCGCCCAGCAGACCACAUCUAGUGGGAGAUGAUGUCAGUCUGCCGUGUAACAAUGUGGUUUAUCUAAACUGCUCCUCAACUUCAUGGAUCUAUAACAGAGCUGGAUCUACUGUUACUAUUGACGAGGUCGUAUUGGGGAAGAUCAAAGUUGACCAGCCAGAGAGAGCAGACAGACUGAGUUUAGGGUCUGACUGUUCUCUACAUGUUAGUGAUGUCAGAGCUGAGGAUGCUGGAGUCUACAUCUGUCGACAGUUCCUUACAGAGACUGGACCACAACAUGGAGAUGAUGCCCCUGUUCAUCUAUCUGUUCUAACCAGUACUAAUGCCCAGGUCACACUGGAUUCUUCCUGUGAAAUCUCACUGACUGUGACACUCCAGAAGGAGGACAACAACAGGAAGUGGACGUGCACGCUGACUGAAAAGGGAAAUGUGAAGAUCUCGAUUGACUUCCCCUCCACAUUCUCAGAUAUUGAAGAAAAGACCACUGAUAAUGAUGACGUCAUCUCCACUGUCCCAGGUACCAGUAAUGCUGUUAAGUUGCCCAUCAGUCACAUCAUGCUCUUUGUGACACUGACCAUCAUGGCUGCCAUAGUCACUAUUCACACAACAAGGAGGAACCGCCCACCCAAGGCUCUGCCCCCACAAGCAGAAGAAACCUCUGGUAUGGAGUUUCAUGUCCUGGAGGAAUGA